AUGGCUGGGGGCCGUGGGGCUCCCGGCCGCGGCCGCGACGAACCGCCGGAGAGCUACCCGCAGCGGCAGGACCACGAGCUGCAGGCGCUGGAGGCCAUCUACGGCGCCGACUUCCAGGAUCUGCGACCGGACACGAGCGGGCCGGUUAAAGAGCCACCUGAAAUAAAUUUAGUUCUGUACCCUCAGGGCCUGACUGGUGAAGAAGUUUAUGUGAAAGUAGAUUUGAGGGUUAAAUGCCCACCCACCUAUCCAGAUGUAGUACCUGAAAUUGAGCUAAAGAAUGCCAAAGGUUUGUCAAAUGAAAGUGUUAAUUUGUUAAAAUCCCGCCUAGAAGAACUGGCCAAAAAACAUUGUGGAGAGGUGGUGAUAUUUGAACUGGCGUACCACGUGCAGUUAUUUCUCAGCGAGCAUAAUAAGCCCCCUCCCAAGUCUUUUCAUGAAGAAAUGCUGGCACGGCAGGCUCAAGAGGAGCAGCGGAGGCGGUUGGAGGCCAAGCGGAGAGAGGAGCAGGAGCAACGUGAAAUCCUUCAUGAAAUUCUGAGAAGGGAAGAGGAGAUCAAAGAAGAGAAAAAAAGAAAAGAAAUGGCUAAGCAGGAACGUUUGGAAACUGCAAGUUUAUCAAACCAAGAUCAUAACCCUAGGAAAGACCCAGGAAGACAUAGAGCAGUUGCUCUUCUCCAUGGAGAGCCUCCCGAAUUUGUAGGAAAUAGUAAACACCGGACCACCUCCUCAGGAAGGCCAAGGCGAGAACGUGAGUAUUCUAUAUGUAGCAGUGAAGAUUCUCCUGGCUCUUGUGAAAUGCUGUAUUUCUCUGUGGGCAGUCCUGAUCAGCUCAUGGUGCACAAAGGAAAAUGUAUUGGCAGUGAUGAGCAGCUGGGAAAGUCUGUCUAUAAUGCUUUGGAAACAGCCACUGGCAGCUUUGUCUUACUGUAUGAAUGGGUCCUUCAGUGGCAGAAAAAAACAGGCCCCUUCCUUACCAGUCAAGAAAAAGAGAAGAUUGAUAAGUGCAAAAAGCAGAUUCAAGGGGCAGAAGCAGAAUUCAAUUCUCUGGUGAAAUUGAAUCACCCUAAUGUAGUACGCUACAUUGCGAUAAAUCUCAAGGAACACGACAACUCCAUUGUGGUGGACAUUUUAGUGGAGCACAUCAGUGGGAUCUCUCUCGCCACACACCUGGGCCACUCAGGCCCUAUACCUGUGCAUCAGCUUCGCAGGUACGCAUCUCAGCUCCUGGCAGGCCUUGAGUAUUUGCACAAUAAUUCUGUGGUGCACAAGGUUCUGAGCACAUCCAAUGUCUUGGUGGACACAAAGGGUACCAUCAAGAUCACGGACUACAGCAUUUCUAAGCGCCUAGCCGACAUCUGCAAGGAGGAUGUCUUUGAGCAAACAAGAGUUCGUUUUAGUGACAGCGUCUUGCCUUAUAAAGCAGGGAAGAAAGGGGAUGUUUGGCGUCUUGGCCUUUUACUCCUCUCCCUCAGCCAAGGCCAAGAGUGUGAAGAGUAUCCUGUGACCAUCCCUGGUGACUUACCAGCUGACUUUCAAGACUUUCUAAAGAAGUGCAUUUGCUUGGAUGACAAGGAAAGAUGGAGUCCUCAGCAAUUGUUAAAACACAGCUUUAUAAAUCCUCAGCCAAAAAUGCCUUUACUGGAACAAAGUCCUGAAGAUUCCGGAGGACAAGAUUAUGUUGAGACUGUGAUUCCUAGGAACCAUCUACCCAGUGCUGCAUUCUUCAGUGAGACCCAGAAACAAUUUUCACGCUAUUUCAUUGAGUUUGAAGAACUACAACUUCUUGGCAAAGGGGCCUUUGGAGCUGUCAUCAAGGUGCAGAACAAGCUAGAUGGCUGCUGCUACGCCGUAAAGCGCAUCCCCAUUAACCCCGCCAGCAGACACUUCCGCAGAAUCAAGGGCGAGGUGACGCUGCUGUCUCGCCUACACCAUGAGAACAUUGUGCGCUACUACAACGCCUGGAUCGAGCGGCAUGAGCGCCCAGCUGGCCCGGGGACACCGCCCCCGAGUUCCAGGCUCCAGUCCCGGAACGGGAGGAGCGUGCCGGGACCACCGGCAGGUGGCACAAAUGGCACGGACAGCGUGGAAGCUGCAGCGCCACCGCCCAUCCUCAGCAGUUCUGUGGAGUGGAGCACGUCCUGUGAGCGCUCAGCCAGCGCCCGCUUCCCCGCCGCUGCCCCGGGCUCCAGCAGCGAUGAGGACGAGGACGAGGGCGAAGGCGUAUUCUCACAGUCCUUCCUACAUGCUUCAGAUUCUGAAAGUGAUAUCAUCUUUGACAAUGAAGAUGAGAACAGUAAAAGUGGUCAUCAGGAUGAAGAAUGCAGUGAAAAGAAUGGUUGCCAUGAAAGUGAGUCAUCACUGACAACUGAAGCUGUGCACUACUUGUAUAUCCAGAUGGAGUACUGUGAGAAGAGCACUUUACGGGACACCAUUGACCAGGGACUCUAUCAAGACACCAUCAGACUGUGGAGGCUCUUUCGAGAGAUUCUGGAUGGAUUAGCUUAUAUCCAUGAGAAAGGAAUGAUUCACCGAGAUUUGAAGCCUGUCAACAUUUUUUUGGAUUCCGAUGACCAUGUGAAAAUAGGUGAUUUUGGUUUGGCAACAGACCAUCUAGCUUUUGCUGCUGAUGGCAAACAAGAUGACCAGGCAGGAGAUCACUUGAUUAAAUCCGACCCUUCAGGUCAUCUGACUGGGAUGGUUGGCACUGCUUUAUAUGUAAGCCCAGAGGUCCAAGGGAGCACCAGAUCAGCGUACAAUCAGAAAGUGGAUCUCUUCAGCCUGGGUAUUAUCUUCUUUGAGAUGUCCUAUCACCCCAUGGUCACAGCCUCAGAAAGGAUCUUUGUUCUCAGCCAGCUCAGAGAUCCCACUUCACCUAAGUUUCCAGAAGACUUCGAUGAUGGCGAGCACACAAAGCAGAAAUCUGUCAUCUCCUGGCUGUUGAACCACGACCCAGCCAAGCGGCCCACAGCCACAGAGCUACUGAAGAGCGAGCUGCUGCCCCCACCCCAGAUGGAGGAAUCGGAGCUGCACGAAGUGCUGCACCACACCCUGGCCAACGUGAACGGGAAGGCUUACCGCACCAUGAUGGCCCAUAUCUUCUCCCAGCACAUCUCCCCUGCCAUCGAUUACACCUAUGACAGUGACAUCCUAAAGGGCAAUUUCUCAAUCCAUGUAGCCAAGAUUCAGCAGCAUGUGUGUGAAGCAAUUAUUCGCAUCUUUAAAAGACAUGGAGCUGUUGAAUUGUGUACCCCACUACUGCUUCCCCGAAAUAGACAAAUAUGUGAGCACAAUGAAGCCGCCUUGUUCAUGGACCACAGUGGGAUGUUGGUGAUGCUUCCUUUCAACCUGAGGGUUCCUUUUGCAAGAUAUGUGGCAAGAAAUAAUAUAAUGAAUUUAAAACGAUACUGUAUAGAACGUGUGUUCAGACCUCGCAAGUUAGACCGAAUUCAUCCCAAAGAACUUCUGGAAUGUGCAUUUGAUAUUGUCACGUCUACCACCAACAGCUCUCUGCCCACUGCUGAGAUCAUUUUCACUAUCUAUGAAAUCAUCCAAGAGUUUCCAGUGCUCCAGGAAAGAAAUUAUAGUAUCCACUUGAACCAUACCACAUUAUUGAAAGCUAUACUCUUACACUGUGGGAUCCCAGAAGAUAAACUUGGUCAAGUCUACAUUAUUCUGUAUGAUGUCGUGACAGAAAAGCUGACGAGGAGAGAAGUAGAAGCUAAAUUUUGUAAUCUGUCUUUGUCAUCUAAUAGUCUGUGUCGACUGUACAAAUUUAUUGAGCAGAAGGGAGAUUUGCAAGAUCUAACACCAACAAUAAAUUCUUUAAUAAAACAGAAAACAGGUGUUGCCCAAUUAGUGAAAUACGGUUUAAAAGAUCUAGAAGAGGUGAUCGGACUGUUGAAGAAACUUGGCAUAAAGUUACAGAUCUUAAUCAACUUGGGCUUGGUUUACAAAGUGCAGCAACAUAACGGAAUCAUCUUCCAAUUUGUGGCAUUCACCAGACGAAGGCAAAGGGCUAUACCUGAAAUCCUUGCAGCUGGUGGCAGAUAUGACCUGCUGAUUCCACAGUUUAGAGGACCACAGACUCUCGGGCCAGUCCCCACCGCCAUUGGAGUCAGCAUUGCUAUAGACAAGAUAUCUGCUGCUGUCCUCAACAUGGAAGAACCUGUUACAAUAAGCUCUUGUGACCUCUUGGUUGUGAGUAUCGGCCAGAUGUCCAUGUCCAGGGCCAUAAACCUAACCCAGAAGCUCUGGACAGCAGGAAUCACAGCAGAGAUUAUGUAUGACUGCUCACAGUCCCAGGAGGAAUUGCAAGAGUACUGCAGACAGCGAGAAAUCACCUACGUGGCUCUCAUCUCAGAUAAAGAAGGAAGCCAUGUUAAGGUUAAAUCUUUCGAGAAAGAAAGGCAAACAGAGAAACGUGUGCUGGAAUCCGAUCUUGUGGACCAUAUGGUGCAGAAACUGAGGACUAAAGUCAGUGAUGAAAGGAGUAUCAGAGAAGCUUCCGAUAAUCUUGCAGUGCAAAAUCUGAAGGGGUCAUUUUCUAAUGCUUCAGGCUUAUUUGAGAUCCACGGAGCAACAGUUGUUCCCAAUGUGAGUGUGAUUGCACCAGAGAAGCUGUCGGCCAGCACUAGGAGGCGGUAUGAAACUCAGGUACAAACUCGACUCCAGACCUCCCUUGCCAAUUUACAUCAGAAGAGCAAUGAAAUUGAAAUUCUGGCUGUAGAUCUACCCAAAGACACAAUCGUCCAGUUUUUAUCAUUGGAGUGGGAUGCUGAUGAACAGGCAUUUAACACAUCAGUCAAGCAGCUGCUGUCACACCUACCAAAGCAAAGAUACCUCAAAUUAGUCUGUGACGAAAUUUAUAACAUCAAAGUAGAAAAAAAGGUGUCUGUGCUGUUCCUGUACAGCUACAGAGAUGACUACUACAGAAUCUUGUUUUAG